CUUGGAUACUGUGACUAAAAUAGUGCGUCCCUCCUGAUGUCGCACCAGUGAAAACGGAUCGAACCGUUGAACUUCUGACUGAGAGGCGAGCACUUGUAACCACAUACCAGCCUUGCUCAAUAACCCUAGUCUAUUUCAGAAACGCUAAGGGAUCGUUUGGUGAAAAAAGAACAGCCACAAUCUUCAAUAAGAUUCAAGAUGUCAGCCGAAGUACCAGAACCUGUCCCGAGCUGGUCCUCCUCUAAGAUCUCUCAGACUGAGUAUUCUGUGUGAAUAGCUUCUCCCCGUCUAGCUACGAUGACUUUCUACCUUUCAACCUUCGCCCUCGUCGUACCUACUGUCAUCACUAUAGGAUACUCAGCCAUAGAUUUCCCACAGACCAGAUCGUUCCCAGGGGUCGAGGACGAGCCUGACUUCGAAGGCCCGAUCAACAACGUGACAGUAGCCUUGGGCAGAGAGGCGAUCCUUGUGUGUACCACCACAGAGCUGGGGAACUACAGGGUCGGAUGGAUGAAGGCGGACGACCAGACUAUCCUCAGUCUUCACACACGUCUGGUCACUCACAACCCCAGGAUAGGUAUAACCUACGACCACAACAACUGGGGUCUUCACAUUAGACAAGUCAAGGCCUCUGACAAGGGCUGCUACAUGUGCCAGAUCAACACCAGCAUCAUGAAGAAACAAGUCGGCUGUAUAGACGUGCACAUACCUCCGGACAUAGAGGAUGUAGGGACGUCAUCAGACGUUACCGUCCAGGAAGGGGAGAAUGCAACUCUCACUUGUAAAGCUAAGGGACAUCCUACCCCGAGAAUAACUUGGAGGAGGGAGGACAGUGAGCAAAUAGUCAUCAGGAAAACACCCAAGGAAACAUUCAAAGUAGAGUCGUUCAGUGGAGACAGCCUACAUCUAGUGAAGCUGGACCGUAAACAGAUGGGAGCGUAUUUCUGUAUCGCCAGCAACGAUGUUCCACCAGCUGUCAGCAAGAGAAUAACACUAAAUGUCAACUUCCCUCCAGUCAUCAAGGUGCCAAAUCAGCUGUUAGGAGCUCCAUUGGGGACAGAUGUUCAACUGGAGUGUUCAGCCGAAGCUUACCCGAACACUAUCAACUACUGGAAAAAGAACAUGGACCAAGUUAUUUUACCAGGGCCUAGGGUUCAGAUAGAAGAAGUACGGAACUCGUACAAAGUCCACAUGAAGUUGUCCAUAAAGGCUUUCAACCAAAGUGACGUAGGAACUUAUAUGUGUGUAUCGUCCAACUCGAUGGGUAACGCAGAGGGCAUUGUUAGGCUGUACGAAAUCAAAAUCCCGACAGUGCUUCCAACUACUACUACUACAGAGGCAACAACUUUUACAAUUCCACGGAGAGAGACAACCACUACUACAGAGAUGACCAGGGUAAUACGUACAACAACACAAGACCCUCUCAACGCGACUCCGUCAAGAACGCGGGAAAUCUACGUGGACCACAACGAGCACGAGGUGUCUGGUAUCUCCAGCAGACAGCACAUCACGAGCGGAACCUCCCUCCACUCUCAGCAAACCUGUGUCCUCCUCACCCUCUGGAUACUCUGCCUCUCCAGCAGAUGACGCCUGUAGUCCCUCCUGUACAACUACACGAUGCUCACAUAGGAUAGACUAGUUGAGGUUCUGUACCAGAGCCCCCGUUCUGAGAUGUUAGUGUAAAUGUAACAUGAAUUUUGUACUCGUUGUUCAUGUUGUAACCGAUUUGUUACCUGAAUAUUUUCAAUGCUUAUUUUUUAUAAGAGCGUUAAGUAGAUAAAUAAUCAUUGAAUAGUAGCUUACCGCGUUAUAUACAGAUGUUUAUAAUGGUAUUAGUGUAAUUAUAUGUAAAUAUUGUAUAAGUUGAAUUUGUAAAAUAAUGUAACUUUAAUUUACAGUGAGUUACGUUUUUUUGUAAGUUAUGCAGUAUAACGUAAGCUUAACUAUUGUGAUAAUUUACUUCCAUUUACUUAAUAAGUUAGUGAACAGGUUAGUUGAUAAGGUCAUGAUAGAUAAUAUUAAAUAAAUAGUCCAUAUCAAGAUACUAAUAUUAGUUAUAAUAACCUAUAUCUGUUGAUA